AUGACGGAAGAAGCCGAAGCGUCCAAUGCUACCCGAGAUCGGCUCUUCGAGAUUGUGCGAGAUGGAGAAUAUGCAGAAGCCGAGAAAAUUGUAUCAGCAGCAGAUAUGUCAUGGCGCCAUACGGCUCUGCAACAGAAUUUUCUGUUUUUUGUCGCAGCGCGACGCCGUCGAGGUUCGGAGCUAUUGGCGAAGCAGUGCGUGGGAAUGGGGGUGAAUUUGGAGGAGGAAGACGUUCAUGGACAGACACCUCUCUUCUGGGCCGCAGCGCGCGGCAGCAUGCCGGUUGUGAAAUUUCUGCUUAAUCUUGGCUUUGAGAUCAACUACAGAGAUACUGCCAGGAAGACGGCUUUGUUUUUCGCAAUCGAGAAGGGUUACCUGGACGUGGCGGAUUACCUUAUCGAACGUGCUGCUUCGAUUUGGGUCCGGUGCAAUAACAAGACGCCACACUCCAUGCUUAAAGCAUUGGGUCACAAGCCCCCUGAAAGAAAACGAAAACUAGCCUCGCCAUCCCCGGCUUGCAUAUGUCCUGGCGCGGCAGCACGGAGCCGUUUCGCACAGUGGGAAUGGGUUUACGACGAGAUCGAGCCGCAGACAGACAGAAGGGAGGACAACGUGGUCGUGCAAACCCCGCAGUACUUUGUCUGCUCCACUGUGACAGACUGUUCGAAACGCCUCCGGCGCUCGGAGCUUGAGUUCGCGGGGGACCAUGCACAUCUCCACCAGGAUGCGACGUGGUACCCCGACUUGACUACACAGCAAGCUGCUGAAAUAGUCAAUGUGUGCAUGGAUGACGAGAAAGAGCGUUUGAAAGUGAUUGAGCAGUUAGCAAGUGGUUCUCGCCCAUCUGCCUUCACGCUCCCAGCAGUCUCUACACAGACCAAAACCAUGGCUGGGUACGUCCAUGCAUCUUUUGCAGACAAGACCUUGACGAUUACCCACUGCAAAGUGGACAGACCUCAUCAAGGAAGAGGAGUAGGAGGACUGCUGAUCGAAGCUGCCGAGAAGCGCGCUCGGAAUCUGGGUGCUUCCAUCUCCAAAGUGAAGUUGCCUGUGUUGGAGACAAACGAAUCCGCCCGAAAGUGCUAUGCCAACAAGGUUUAUGCCGAAUCUUCAUCCAGCUUUCCGCCGUGCAGCUGUCGUAAUGAUGACGCUUGCCACCAUGAUAAACUCAGGUGGCUGAUGAUGGAGAAAAUCAUCGCCGCUUCGCCNNCGCCUGAAAGCGUGGGCGUUCCCUGA